AGAAAUCGACCGCAACACGCAGCGGAUCAGCCGUGAACAUACAUACGCGUAAAACUAUUCACAAACAAAUACAAGCUUUUCUUUCCAUAGAUCAACACUUCAGCGCACUCACAACUACAAGAGAAAAAUGAGCGCGCCUUCUGAUGCAUUGGCCGACAAGCCCGAGGCGGUCGAGGAGGUACAACCGACCACGGAGCCGGAGUUGGAGAGGGCAGCGGAGGCUAGUACAUCGGAGGACCACGGUAGCGAGGAGGACAGUGGCAAAGAUAGCGAAGACGCCGGCAGCGAAGACGAAGAAGGCGCAGAAGACGAGGAAGACGAGGAAGACGACGACGCGGCCUUUCAAUUUCCCACCGACGAGGCAGCGGAAGCGGAGCGCCAACGCGGCCUCGUGGCGUACAACGAGGGCCGCUUCGAGGAUGCGCUGGAUGUUCAGUACCGCGUGGUGCGCCACUUCUCCAACAAGUACGGCUCCACCUCCGCCAAGUGCGGCAAGUACUUCCUCGACUACGGCCUGUCUCAGCUGCGUCUCUUGCAAGGACAGACCACCGUGGACGACGUGCUGCAGCCCCGUGACGAGGACGCGCUCAUGACGUGCUACGUGAACUUAGAAGUGGCCCGGGUUUGCUACCAAAAGCUGGAGGCGGAGCGCGGGGAGGACGAUGUGGAGGUGGAGUUGGCCCUCGCGGAGGUGCACAACGCACUCGCCCAGCUCUCGGUAGAGAAGGAAGACUAUGACGCCGCGCUGCGGGAGUACGAGGCGGAGCUGCUGCAGUACCGCGCUCUGCAGGACGCCGCGGAGGAGCCGGACAAGUUGACGGUGGUGCCCGCCGGUCGGGUGGUGGCGGUGCUGUAUGGCAUUGCGGACUGCUUUAUGAAGGAGGGCGACUUUGAGGGGGCGGAGGAGCGUCUGCAGGCGACGCUGACGGAGGUGGCGCUGUACCCCGCCGGCACCCUCUCCGACGCCCUCCUCACCGAGCUGAAGGAAGUGCUGGCCGAGGCGCAGGAAAUGAAGGGCGGCAAGUUCCAAGAAAUCCAAGACGCGAUCAAGCAUCAAUUCGCGGCUGAGGCGGAGCAGAUCCCUAACCCGCAGGAGUUCUUCUCGAUUGAUACGGAGGGCAAACACCCGUUCCUCUCCGCCGUGCCGGGCGCCAGCGGGGACGAGGUGGGAGACCACUCCUACCUCUCCAUGCCGAUGUCCGCCAGUGGGCAGGCGCUGGCAACGAAUGAGCACAGUAAUAGUCUAUCCGUAUCACUCUUCCCUCCGCAGGGGAGCCGCAGCAACACGCCGGGUGGGCCGGUGCAGCACGCUACGGUGCGCAAGAAGCAGAAGCGCACGGGCGACGACUCCCUGUCGAACGCGCAGCCGGAGAACAAAAAACCGCGCGCAGAGCCGGCUGCGUCGUCGUAG